AUGUACGCCCAGGGCUUGCCCCCUUACCUAUGGGAAGGCUUCCCGUCGGAAUCCGUACCUGUGGCUCUCCAUGCUGCGCUACGGGCACGAGAUAUGCGAGCCAUGCCAUAUGGCUUGGGAGAAGGUUGCCCCACUGAGGCUGGUGUCGCCUGGAUUGAGUUUCCCACGAGUCCCUCGGUUCAGCAUCUUGGCCAUGAGGCAAGGGGAGUCCACCUCGGUCGGCCUCGCCGUAUGGACGGUGAUAGUUAUAUGCCCUCUGCCUUUCGAGUCCUCGCUUCGGAUGGCACCAUCAAUCCCUGCGCUUCGACAUUCCCCCAUGACCACAUUCCAUUCGCUGAGUUUCGGAUGGCUCGUGGCGGUCUGCCACUAACAUGCAUGGAAGCACGGGAGAAGCACACCCUCCCGGCUCGCGACUAG